UCAAAUUUUUUCUUUAAUUUCUUAAGGAAAAAAAAGGGGAAAAAAACAAAUCUCGUUUCAUUUGCUUAUAUUCCUGCCUCCCGUUCUAGGCUGAGGAGGUGUUCGAUAUUGAUCCCACACCUCUUCAGAUUAACCCUUUCUUCCUUCUUCUAAAAAACAAAAACAAAAACAGAAAAAAAUCCUAAAAUUCAAAAAAGAAAAAAAGAAGAAGAAAGGGAUCGAUGGCGUCGUCCGAUAGCCUGAGCGACAAGAACGCUGUUUUCAGAAAGCUGAAAGCAAAAUUAGAAAACAAGAUGUGUUUUGAUUGUAAUGCGAAGAAUCCGACAUGGGCGUCGGUGACGUACGGGAUCUUUCUCUGCAUCGAUUGCUCAGCCGUUCAUCGGAGUCUCGGUGUCCACAUCAGCUUUGUCAGGUCUACAAAUUUAGACUCAUGGUCUCUUGAGCAAUUGAGAAUGAUGGUCUUUGGAGGAAAUAACCGUGCACAGGUUUUCUUUAAGCAGCAUGGAUGGACUGAUGGAGGCAAAAUUGAGGCCAAAUAUACUUCAAGAGCUGCUGAUUUAUAUAGGCAAAUACUAUCAAAAGAAGUCGCGAAAAGUAUGGCUGAAGAGGCAGGUUUGCCUUCAUCCCCUGUUGCUUCUCAGUCAUCACAAACAUCUAAUGGGCUUCUUGAUAGCAAGACUGAUGAGGCUCCUAAAGAAAAUUCUUUAGGCAGGCAAGAAACACCUGAAGUUUCUGCUACACCAAAAGCUUCUCAUUCAGUGGUUACCAGCACUGUCAAGAAGCCUCUUGGUGCUAAGAAAACUGGGAAAACUGGGGGGCUUGGUGCCCGAAAGCUUACUACAAAGCCAAGUGAAAAUCUCUAUGACCAGAAGCCUGAAGAACCUGUUGUCCCUGUUGCUUCCUCAACUAAUAAUACUGCACCUGUUGGCUCAUCUUUUCCAUCUCGUUUUGAGUAUGUAGAAAAUGUUCAAUCUACUGAGUUGAAUUCUGGUGGCCCACAAGUGCUUAGCCAUGUUGCUCCACCAAAGUCAUCAAACUUCUUUGCAGAUUUUGGAAUGGAUAGUGGCUUUCAGAAGAAAUCAAGCUCAAAUUCCUCAAAAGUGCAAAUUCAGGAAACUGAUGAAGCCAGGAGAAAGUUCUCAAAUGCAAAAUCUAUUUCAUCGGCCCAAUUUUUUGGUGAUCCGGCCCGAUCAGCAGACGCUGAUGCCCAAGUUUCUUUGCAGAAAUUCUCAGGUUCAACAGCCAUCUCCAGUGCUGAUCUAUUUGGUCACGGUGCAGAUAAUUCUCUUGACCUUGCUGCUAGUGACCUCAUCAACCGACUCUCUUUCCAGGCACAGCAGGAUAUCUCUAACCUUAAGAACAUGGCGGGAGAGACUGGAAAGAAACUCAGCUCCUUGGCAUCCACUCUUAUUACCGAUCUCCAGGACAGAAUCCUCUAAUUUAGUGUUCUGGCCUUAAAAAAUAUAUGUCGGAGUCUGUUACAUUACCAGCCAAAAUCUUGUGUAGUGAAUGUAAAGCCAUUAUUACAUCAUAAAAAUUCUUUCACAGGACAAAUAAUAUUUGAAAAACCUCCAGGCUGGUUUUCUUACUUUGUAGCACAGGUGCUGUUUUGGGAUAUGAUGGUAUGUACUAUUAGUCUUUUCUUUCAUUUAGUAAUCGUAUCUUAUGACGAUUAAACCAAGCAAGGUUUAAUGCUGUGUAUUAAGAGAGGUAAAGAGUUGAAUUUGUGAAGUACAUUUCUGUUUAAAUUCUGUCUUUAUGGAACUAUUAAUUAAGAAAUUUUGAUAACC